AUGGUCACUGUACAUCGUAGUGGGGUUGGUAAAAAAUCAAAUGACAGUGCCAGGCUAAUUUUCACUACGACAUUGGGAGCUGUCUUUGGAUUUUUCAUUGGCGUAUCAUUACCGGCAGUUUCUCUAACCAAGAUUAGGUUUCCGUCAAGCAUUAUAACAUCUCUUGAUGUAGCAUUCACCGAAUUACGUAGACCUAAUCCUCCUCCUUCAAACAGAAGUCUUGAAGAUGAAGGAUCAGAGGGUGUCCCUAAGAUAUAUGUUCCAACAAACCCUCGUGGUGCGGAAACACUACCUCCUGGAAUUAUUGUUCCACAAUCUGAUCUUUAUCUGCGUAGAUUAUGGGGUGAACCCAGUGCGGAUCUGAAAACAAUUCCUAAGUACUUGGUAUCAUUUACAGUUGGUAUUAAUCAGAAAAAAAAUAUUGAUGCAGCAGUAAAAAAGUUCUCUGAGAACUUCGCAAUCUUGCUUUUUCACUAUGAUGGUCGGACUAGUGAAUGGGAUGAGUUUGAGUGGUCAAAGAGGGCAAUUCAUGUUAGUGUGAAGAGACAAGCAAAAUGGUGGUAUGCAAAAAGGUUUUUGCAUCCUGAUAUUGUAGCAGCUUAUGAAUAUAUUUUCAUUUGGGAUGAAGAUUUGGGAGUUGAGCACUUCGAUGGAGAGAAGUAUAUUCAGUUGGUCAAGAAAUAUGGUUUGGAGAUCUCUCAACCUGGUCUUGAGCCCAAUAAUGGACUGACAUGGGAGAUGACAAAGAGGAGAGGUGACAGAGAAGCUCACAAGGAUACAGAAGAAAAACCAGGCUGGUGUAGUGACCCACAUCUCCCUCCAUGUGCUGCAUUUGUGGAAAUAAUGGCCCCGGUUUUUUCUCGGGAAGCUUGGCGGUGUGCAUGGCAUUUGAUUCAGAAUGAUUUAGUGCAUGGAUGGGGAUUGGAUUUUGCUCUCAGAAGAUGUGUAGAGCCUGCACAUGAAAAGAUUGGUGUAGUUGAUUCACAGUGGAUUGUUCACCAAGUAAUUCCUUCUCUUGGGAGCCAGGGAGAUCCUGAGGAUGGAAAAGCUCCAUGGGAAGGGGUAAGAACACGGUGCAAAAAUGAGUGGGCUGAAUUCCAGGCUCGCCUCCUUGGCGCAGACCAGGCAUACCUUUCUCAGAGAGGAAGGGGGUAA